AUCGAUAUGAGCGAAAAUAAUAAAAUCUCAGAAGAUGCAGUUACUAACUCUAAGCCUAUGCCACCAACUGAAGGCUCUGUUGAUAUAAAUGAAUGGUCGAAAUAUCGCAAUGAGUUAGAACGUUAUCUUAGUUUAGAACCUAUUAAUUGGGAUCUAGUUUUACUAGAUAAUUUGCUUAGUAAAUAUUCUGAGGAAGCAACUCUUGAAAAUUUCAAAAAAUAUUUUGAAGCUAUAUCUAAUGGUAAAACGAUUGAAGAAUCUGAAAAAGGUUCGGCAAAAGAAUACCAUAGAAAGUCAAAAAAAGCGAUAUCGUGGAAAAGCACAAAUAUUUCAAAGACUUCUUUAUCUGAAAAGGAUAUGGAUAUCUCGAUUAUUAAUGAAUUUGUAAAAAUUCG